CCGGAUGCUUGCAGUGUAGCUUUUAUCGGAAGCUCUCAAACUUACUUUUUCGUAACCUGUGCUUACGUUACACGUAUCGUUAGUGCAAGUGUGUUGACUGUUGAGUGGACAAUUGUUUUCGUAAGUCGGGAUGUGUGGACUGCGUGCUUCGCCCCUCCGCGCCAUUUGAGAGUCUCGCUCCAGCAGUCCAACUCCGUCUGUACUUACGAGCGCGCGUUUCUCGACCUCCCAAACGCACGAUAAAAUGCCCGGUAAACUUUCGCGAUCGUACCAAAAGUGAUUCAACGUAUUGGUGUUUGUGAGUGAAGGAGCUACGGGAAACGAUGGACACACUUACGUCCCGAAUUAUGUUUAAAGGCUAUCUUGGAUUAAGGAUAAAUGAACGGUGAUAGAGUACAUCAAAUACUGUGACGAUAUAAACAUUGUUUAACAAAAUGAAGAAUAGUGAAGAGUGUUUAGACUAGUAAAAGACAUUAGGACUGCAAAGUGUGAUAUUUUUGAUCUUAUUAGAUAACAUUAAGAACUUUUUAGAAGACUGUGUGUUUUUUUUUUAAUUGAAAACUGAAGCCUGUAUUUGGCUAAAAUUUUUGCAAUUGGAAGACCCCGUGGCAGACACAAUCGAGGCAAAGAAGGCCAUUGCAGGCAUGGGAAUCAAAGUCAUGAUGAAAGCUUUCAAUAAGCCGAAAGAUAUCCCAUCGCAGGUGCCACCACUUACUCCUGGCACCAAUAAGAAAAUGGCCGAGGCGUUGAAAGCCACCUUCGCCUCUUGGGAGAAGGAGCAGCAACGUCUCGGCGUCCCCAAAGAUCCUCGUCAAUGGAGUGAGGCAGCAGUCGCGGCGUGGCUGCGAUGGGCAGCGCGGGAGUUCUCCCUGGAGGGAGUGGCUCUGCAGCAGUUCGCGAGAGCUCAGGGCAAGGAUAUCUGCGCGAUGGGUCGUGAGGAAUUUGUGGCCCGAGCACCGGCGUUCAUGGGCGAUAUCCUGUGGGAACAUUUAGAAAUACUACAAAAAGAUGUUGAGAAGGAAAGGUCCCUCCUCGCAAACGUGCCUCCGAACAUGUACGAGAGUAACGUGUGCCUCCCGGAAUUGCCUGACUACAUUCCUCCACCUGCACAUCAUUACAACAAUAACAAUAAUACAGGCGGCUACACGACCGGGGGCCCGCGUGAGACCAACACAUACUACUCGGAGGCGAGCGGCGGCGCCGCAGCCCCGGCGCCUGCGUCGUCGGCGCCGUCGCCACUGGACGAGUACUACCAGCCCGAGUACCCGCCGCCCGCGCCUGCGCAACCCUACCUCGACGAGUACUACCACCACGCGCACGCGCACACGCAGCCGCUGCUCACACACGAGCACAAGUACCAACCGCACACGUACACGAAGACCUACCCCAGGACGGCUGGUGGGAGGUACGGUGGGGAAGUGUACAACGAGGGCUACGCGCCAGAGUACGGCGGCGCGUGCGCAGAAUGGAGCGAGUGGCCCGGCGAACAACACACGCUGAUUCCACAGGACAAACUACCUUACCCAUCGUCAGGACCCUGCUUUACCGGUUCAGGUCCGAUCCAGCUGUGGCAGUUCCUGCUGGAGCUGCUCACCGACAAGAGCUGCCAGGGGUUCAUCUCGUGGACUGGCGACGGUUGGGAGUUCAAACUCACCGACCCUGAUGAGGUUGCUAGACGCUGGGGCAUCCGCAAGAACAAGCCGAAAAUGAAUUACGAGAAGUUAUCGCGUGGCCUCCGCUACUACUAUGACAAAAACAUCAUUCACAAAACGGCUGGAAAACGCUACGUGUAUCGCUUUGUCUGUGAUUUGCAGAGUUUAUUGGGAAUUUCUCCUGAACAAUUGCAUGCGAUGUAUGAGCCCAAGAUGGAGAAGAAAGACGAUGAUUGAACCCGAGGUGUCUAUGGCCGCGCAUUGUCUAUGGCAAUAUCAACAAACGCAAGAAAAUAAUACUUGUCUUUUAUACAAAAGUACCAUUAUGUCGCACGUGCCACAAAUUAAUGCAAUUUUUAUCUCACAAUACAGAUUAGUAACUAUGUUUCAUAUAUUAUUACGAAAUCGAUAUUUGAAUAAAUGAUUUCGUCCAAAAAUAUACACUUAUUUUUGUCAGGCUAGCUCGGUGCUGUUCUUAUAUUAGCAUACUUUAUAAACAGAUUACUGUAUUUUUAAGCUACAAACAUUGGUUUAGUAACGGGUCGUACGUAAUAAUAGAUACGUGGAAGGCGUUUUGUGCUUUAAUUUACUUGAUUUACGUACCGUAUUUAGUAAUUCUUGAGAAUUACCUAUCACAACUGUAUUACAAAAUUUCGCGCCAAAAUUUCUGUCAUGUUUAGUUUUUUUUUGGAACAGCAUAGUAUGCGCAUUCAGCCAAUCAUCUUUAGCUGGAUGAGAAACCGUUAUCAUGACAAUUGUAUGGCCUUUUAUACAUGGCAAUAAAUGUUAUAACUAUUUACUUUACAUGAUUUUGAUACUUUUAAUUGUUUAAGAUAUAAUAAGUAAAUAUACAAUGUAAACGUUCAAUACUUCAGUUACCUACAGACUUUACUACAAUUUUAAAUAUCAGUGAAAAAUGACUUCCUGCCAACUUUGUCAGACAUCUGUAAUGUAUUAUGUGCUGACAUUAUUCAGACUUUAGGAAAAUCAAGUAUUUAAAUUGACAGAAUUAGGUGCAACUAGUCUUAAAUUAUGGUGCGGCCCACGUCUAAGAGCGUUCAUCCAUUAUUUAUUUUUCAUUCUUCGAGUGUUUUGUGUUUCAGCCAAGUGUUGUCACACUUAAAUAAAUAAUAAUAACGUUUCUUCGUUUAAUUAAAAAUGUUUAACCAAUUUCACUAAUUGUCGGAUUUGAUCUCAUGCACAUCCUCCAGUGGAAUUUAUUUCUUAUGAUAACGCUAUAAUUAUUCUACUGUAAACUUGUUGUUUAAUACAAUUUAAUAUAUAAUAAAACCAACGGUGCCUUACACUCACAGAAGUAUCAUGAAAUAUAUUUUACUUCAACAAAUUUACUGAAUCAAAUCUACAAAGACUUAAGACUACAUUGAUAUAUAGUGCUGGUCAGUCAGGUCAUAGUAGCCAGUGGUUGAAGUAAUUGAAAUUUGAUUUAGUCAGCUUGACUUACUAAUAUAAGUAUUUUCAACUACUUAUUCAUAAUUAACAAUAGUUCAGCUAUCCAUCUACUAAUAAUGUAAAUAUAAGUUAAUUUUGUUACUUCGUAAAAUAAUUAGGUAUUAUAAUAUUAUACUAGAUUUUAAGUGUUGUAUGUUGAUUCGCAAAUUGUUGCAAUAUGCGGUUAAAUUAAAUAUAUUAUGUGAUUAUGUAUGGACAUAAAAAAAUUACACAGAGUCCAAAGAUUUUUUUAAUCCAUAUACCCACCAAUUGGUAAAAAUACUGUGAAAUUACCAAAGGUAACUAACUGCAAAUUCAAAAAUACCUAAGCCAAUAUUGACAAAUUUUGUAAAAUGAUAGCAAAUUGUUGGAUUACAACACCGGGUGACGUCUUAGAGUCGCUGAUCUCGUAGUAAGAGAUAUCUUACUAGUUAUGAAAUUAAUUAGUUGUAUUAUUUUCAAUUUUUAUAGAUCCUAGCAUACACCGAAGAUAUUUCGAUAAGUUUUAUUUUGUAAAGUAUUAUUCCUCCAUCAAUAUUAUAUACCAAACUUACUCUAUAAAUAUAAUGGAACGUUUAUAAAUCUCGGUGCUGUUUUUGAAUAAAUACGAUUUUUUAAUCCUGGUAACAUUCGAUUGUCUUCCCUUGUAGUAGGUAUUUAAAUUAAAACUAUUAGGAAAAUUCCCGUAAUGCCAACAUUAUCAACCGAAUUGUAAAUUAGAUAAUUUGUAAAAUAAAUUAUUGUAUCACAUUUAAAUAUAUAAUAGUUAACCCAGUUAAUUGUAUGUAUGUAUUGAUGGAAGAUUUAAAUUAAAAUAUAUAUUUACGAAAUUA